UUAUUAUUAUUACCAGUCAACAUUUGAGAUGCUGUGAAGCUCUUUUCUUUUUUCUUUGUUUUUUAGAUUUUUCGAUUCAGCUAGCAAGGUCUGCGAAGUUCUAGACUUGAUUGAAUCGAGGGAAAAAUAAUGUGGAAGGUAGCGCGAUUUGUGGCGUCGAAUGUGCGCAGUUCGUCGCAGCGGCGGUUUUUAUCCGCAGCUGCGAUUCCUGGUGCUUGUAUUGUUCAUAAACGUGGCGCUGAUAUCCUUCAUGAUCCUUGGUUCAAUAAGGAUACAGGAUUUCCUUUGACUGAAAGGGAUCGACUAGGACUACGUGGUUUGCUUCCACCACGUGUUAUAUCCUUUGAGCAACAAUAUGAUCGUUUUAUGGAAUCAUAUAGGUCCCUUGAGAAGAAUACUCAGGGCCAACCAUACAGUGUUGUCUCCUUAGCAAAAUGGAGGAUCUUGAAUCGACUACAUGACAGGAAUGAGACAUUAUACUACCGAGUUCUCAUUGAUAAUAUCAAAGACUUUGCUCCCAUUAUAUACACUCCAACAGUAGGGUUAGUAUGUCAAAAUUACUCAGGAUUAUUUAGACGCCCACGUGGAAUGUAUUUUAGUGCAAAGGAUAAGGGAGAGAUGAUGUCAAUGAUCUACAACUGGCCUGGUCAACAGGUAGACAUGAUAGUCCUCACUGAUGGAAGCCGUAUUCUCGGCCUGGGUGAUCUUGGAGUUCAAGGAAUUGGAAUACCUAUUGGAAAACUUGAUAUGUAUGUUGCUGCUGCUGGUAUCAACCCACAGAGAAUACUCCCAAUUAUGUUAGAUGUUGGUACUAACAAUCAAAAGCUGCUUGAAGAUCCUCUUUAUUUAGGACUUCGACAACCUAGGCUGGAAGGAGAAGAGUAUCUAUCGAUUGUUGAUGAGUUCAUGGAAGCUGUUCAUACUCGCUGGCCCAAAGCCAUUGUACAGUUCGAAGAUUUUCAGAUGAAGUGGGCAUUUGAAACACUGCAAAGAUACCGUAAAAGGUUUUGCAUGUUUAAUGAUGAUGUACAGGGAACUGCUGGUGUUGCACUUGCUGGAUUACUUGGAACUGUGAGAGCGCAAGGCCGACCAUUGUCUGACUUUGUUAACCAAAAGAUAGUAGUAGUGGGUGCCGGGAGUGCAGGGCUUGGUGUCCUUACCAUGGCAAUACAGGCUCUUUCAAGAAUGUCCGGGAACAAUGAAAUGGUUGCAAAGAAUCAAUGUUAUCUACUUGAUAAAGAUGGUCUCAUCACAAAAGAGAGGAAAAAUCUUGAUCCAGCUGCAGCACCCUUUGCUAAAGACAUAAAAGAUGUUGAAGGACUUAGGGAGGGAGCUAGUCUACUUGAAGUGGUUAAAAAGCUGAAGCCCCAUGUGCUUCUUGGUUUGUCUGGAGUUGGUGGGAUCUUUAACGAACCGGUGCUCAAGGCCAUGCGAGAAUCAGAUUCACCUAAACCUGCUAUUUUUUCCAUGUCAAACCCCACGAUGAAUGCUGAAUGCAACGCUGCUGAUGCUUUCAAGCAUGCUGGACCAAAUAUAGUUUUUGCAAGUGGAAGCCCUUUCGAAAAUGUUGAUCUAGGAAAUGGAAAAGUAGGACAUGUAAAUCAAGCAAAUAAUAUGUACCUGUUUCCUGGGAUCGGUUUGGGAACUCUUCUCUCAGGUGCACACUUUAUAACUGAUGGAAUGUUGCAAGCAGCUGCUGAAUGCCUUGCUUCAUACAUAACGGAUGAAGAAAUCCAAAAGGGCAUAUUGUACCCAUCUAUUGAUAGUAUUCGACAUAUUACAGCAGAGGUUGGGGCUGCUGUUGUGCAAGCAGCUGUUGAAGAAGACCUGGCAGAAGGACAUGGUGAUGUGGGCCCCCGGGAGCUCAAGCACAUGUCAAAAGAGGAGACUGUGGCAUAUGUCAUGCAGAAUAUGUGGUUCCCUGUUUACAGCCCCCUUGUUCAUGAGAAAUAAGGCUCGACUCAUCUUUUCCGUUGGGGGUAAUUUUCUUCAAACCAUGUCUGAAAUGCUGCAUCCAACCUCGAUAUUCUUGGUUUAUAUUUUCCUGUGGACUCGUAAUUUGCUAACUUCAGAAACAGAAGAAGGGCAAGUAAUGGAAACAGGAACUCAAUAUUCUUCCAUAGCUCAUCUACUUGAGCUAUGAAUUGUUAAUGAGAAGGAUUUAUUUAUGUAUAUUACCGAGCUCAUUUUCUGGAGGCAGUGUUGCAACCGAUCAAUUUUUCUUCUUUUUCUUUUUUGGGAUUUUGUUUAUAAGAUCGAUUGCAGCGCAAUUUGCUUU